CUUCGGCAUCAAAUGCCAUCUCUUACAAUUGCGCUCACACUAUCUGCGCUUCUUGCGCCUACUGUUGCGCUAAAUAUUUUAGUAUGGAGUAGUACAAUGGGGCAGAGUCAUAUUAACUUCAUCGGCAAUAUAGCCGAUACGUUACGGGAAGAUGGACACAAUGUGACAUUGCUGUUCGUGGAAUUCGAUCCGGAUUUUAAGGUAAAUACGGGUACAAAGCAUGUAGAACAUAUAAUACGGUAUAGUUCCCCGUAUCAUAACUCAGCUGAUUGGCGUUCAUUGACGUUUAAGCGAGGCAUAGUAUUCAAUUCUAUUUUUGGUUUUAACUUCAUCGAUUUGAUAAAAAUUCAAAUUUAUGUAUAUAGGGUCUGCAAAGGAAUGUUAGAAGAUCCAGGGCUAAUUCAACUUUUGCACGAUUCCAAAUUUGAUCUAGGAAUUUUCGAAAUGUUUCAUAGUUGUCCAGCUGGAGUGAUGGAGCUAGCAGGAAUGUUAGAGGAUCCAAGGCUAAUUCAACUUUUGCGCGAUUCAAAAUUUGAUCUAGGAAUUUUCGAAAUGUUUCAUAGUUGUCCAGCUGGAGUGAUGGAGCUAGCAGGAACUCCGAAGACGAUGAUGGUAUCAGCUAUUGGCAUCGGUUACCACCACUAUCGACUUUUGGGUAUGGAAAGGCAGUCUAGUUUCGUGCCAGCUAGUCUUACUAUGUGUGGAGGACGUAUGAAUUUUUUGGAACGGCUCUACAACAUAUUUAUCAAUGGAUCUGGUCAGUUUUUGCAAAAUUUUCGUCCUACAACCUACUCUUUCAAAGUUGGUUUAAACAUAGGAUUCGUACUUGCUAAUAUCUUCGAAUAUUUUGAACAAUCCUUAUUCGAAAGCAAAUUCCCAGGAUUCAAAAGCUUACACGAUUUGAUCAAGGCAGGUUCUUCUAUCAACUAA